AUGUUCAGCUUUUCAAUCAGCAUCCGUUUCGACAACAGGCUUUGUGGCGGGGAUUUUCCCUUUCCUUCAGCCGAAUUCGCACAAAGUGAGGCUCUGCUCACCUCGGACAGCAGUCUCUGUGGCAAUCCGGGCAGCAAUCUUGUCAAUCAAAUCCGAGCAGACUUCACCAAUUGCGCUCUGCCUGCCGGCUCUCUCUCAUCAUCCAACUGCAUUCAAGGCAUCGCCAACGAAAAGGAGAACUGUGGAUACGGCAACAGCACCGUGGGAUUGUGCUCCUAUUGCGCGUCUGGUGGUAUUAACUCUACUGACACAUGCUGCUACAACUCGAACAUCGACCAGCGUUGCGCCGGAGUCACGCUACCCUCCAUUUUCCCUACCAUGACCUUCGCACCCCCCACGGCAACGGCGACCGCGACCCCGUCAAAUACGGCAGCUGCAUCCAAAGGGCUAUCCGGUGGUGCCAUUGCCGGUAUCGUUAUCGGCAGCGUGGUCGGCGCCCUGCUGCUUGCCGGCCUCAUCUUCGCCUGCAUCUUGCUCGCCAAAAGAAGAAGACGUGGGAGCCAGAAGGGCAGUGUGUUCAACCAACCGUCACCCUCUAGGCAAGGACCGUCUACGGUUAAGAUAGCACCGGCCCAGACCACGAGCGGGUACGAAGUCUUGCCCGGCGGCCGAAUCGCCCGAAUGUCAGCUUUGGAGAGCGCAUCAGACCCAGCUCCUGUCCCGCCUAGUCGCAACAGCGGCCCCCUCAUGGCCGCCGCCGCUGGAGGAGCAGCAGGAUAUAUGACGGGCAGGAGGAGAGGUGACGAUCCGUCUUCGUCUGAAUUUGGAGACAGCCCCGAGUCGGAAUCCAGAGCCGGUGUUCUACGACCCCCUCCCACGAACAUCCGGAGGACGGGAUCUCUGUCCAGUAGCUCAGUCCUCGCGGAUCCACAAUCGCCCACGAGCGCCGGAAUGUCGUCCCCACAAGGCAUGGCUAGCCAGCAAUCUGAGCAGCUGCCAUUCUUCAAGGAUUACUACUCUCAAGACGACAUUCACCCUGGUGAUAGAGUCGCUACACUCUGGGCCUACCAACCCCGUGCCCCCGACGAAUUCACUCUCGAACGCGGCGAUAUGCUCAAGAUUGUGGGUAUCUGGGAUGACGGUUGGGCAACGGGUAUUCUGAUGGAUGAGCGGGCCGAUGAAUGGGAAGCUCGACGACAGGCCCAACGAGACAGCGGUGUUUCCAACACCUCUGGCCGACAUCAAGACAAUUCGCCGCCUGUGAGCGGCGAGAUCAAGGCCUUCCCCCUUGUUUGCGUCUGCUUGCCAGAACACUGGAGGAAAACUAUUGAGGGAGAUGUCUCGACUGAAGGUUCCAGCGCUCACCAAGGACACUCAUCUUUUUCAUGA